UCGAAGUCAUCGAGAACGGAUAAUCAUGGCUACUUUAAUUUUCAUUUUGCUCGCGCUGUGUUUCAGUGAAGCGUUCGCUCUUGUGCUCACAACACCUCCUCCUGCACACACGACAUUAGCACGGCGAGACAAUGCCGCAGCGAUUCCGACGUUUACAUUUGGGCCACAGGCACAGUACUUUCCGAAGAGAGUCGCAAAUCCGGAACCAUCAGGGACAUCCCUUCAUGUUUACCCCACAGGGUCCUAUAAUGAGUUUCCAAAGGAAGGCAUUACGAUCGGCUUUGGUCCAGACUUGCGCAAGCAGAUCAAGGAGACAAUGAUACAGAACUGCAAGGACAAGCCUAGGCAAGAUUGUCGAAAUUCAGUUAUCCCGAUUCUUCAAAACACGGAUGUUACAACCCAUACCAAACGCUUCGUCGUCAUCAGUGCUAUCCUACUUAGCAACCUCCUCGUGGCAAUUGCAGCCGAAGCUUUCAUAAUUUUUGGAGAAGGAGUUUACCUACAUAAUACGGCUAAUGAUCUCCCUAAAGAGAUGAUAAUAAAUCACGGAGAUUUGAAGCAGAUAAAUUUCAUGGCUGGUGCGCACACCUUUGCAGCCGUCACCGCUGCUACUGCAGUGCCGAGUACGGUCACGUAUAAUCCUCCUGCUACUACCACGGCAUCGGACGCAAUCACAAUUGAGACCCUCACAGCCGACAAAGAUGGACGCAAAGCGGGAGAUAUCGUGUAUCAUAUACCGCAACACGCAUCUGAGCGUAUUCAAGACUUCUUGGGUAUGACUGGACUCCGCCAAACCCAAGAAAAGUGCAAAGGACAAAAUCUCAAGCGUGCCGAUAACCUGGCAGAUUGUCUUCGACUCAUUCAAAGGCACGGCAUGGACCUCGCAGACAGCGGUCCGUCAAACCUCCUCCAACUAGCGCCGCGCCACAUACCCGCUCGUCCUGGGCAAGGCCAAGCGAUAGGCUUUCCUGUCCAAAAUCUAGCCACCAACGGAGCUCUGUUGGUAAUACCAGUGUAUCACGUUGUAUUUGAUCGUGCGCCGCGUGCCCCAAAUGCAGAUCAGGGCUGGGACCCGGCUAUCCUUGCUAAGAGUGCCAUGGCCGUCACGCUUGCGGCGCACGCAGCCAUGUUCGUAGGGCAAGGCAUGCUCGAGAUCUGGGUCCCCAAAAGCAACCUUGAAGAAAACCUGAGGGAAGAAGACUUGGUCUGUCCAAAGGAUUUGAUCUGCGUAAUGGAUGACUGCAAAGGUCAGGAAGAAAGGGAGUUUUUCUUAGGCAAAGAGAUAAAGCCAAAUAUUCCGAUGACACCCAUAUGCACAGUGGCCAAAAACUACGGGUGCAGAUGCACCGUAGUUAAUUACCCGCAUGUUACUGAAGUGCCAUUCAACUACAUGGAGGAGCAAUACAAAUGGCUGGAAGAACUCAUCAAGCGAUCGGAGCUGCCGUCUUUCGAGCCCCAAUGCUCAGAAGGUAUGCAGACACUCCAGGAUGCCUCCAAAAAGUUGAAAGAUGUCAUUGAGCUAGCGUGCAAUGAGCACCCCGAACUAAAGGACACAUGGACCUACAGCGACAGCAAAGAUGGCUUUACCUUUGGAAUCAAUUUCCAGAAGCGCGGCGGUGAUUGCGCGUUUGACUGUCGGGCCAUCUUUCCAACAUUUGCAGAUUCGGAUUCAUGCAUUACAAGCUCGGGCCUGCAAAAGAACGGCAAGAUUGAGACAGAUUGCGGAUCUGCAUCCUAUCUUGCGUAUAACUUGUCGUAGAUUGUGAAUACUUUUCCCGGCCUGGAUGUGUAAUGUGCAGCUUGUUUUAUAUAUCCUCUGAUUUUCUGGAUGUUUUUCAUAUCUUGAGAUUAAUACUUUGCAUGUGCG